AUGGCUUGCAAGCAGAAAGCAGAGGACAACCUUUUUGCCGUAGUAGAGAAGUUGGUUCAGACAGCCACUCUGGCCAAUCAUCGACGAAAUCUCAGGACGGCGUCGAACUGCCUGAGACGAGCCUAUGCCAUUUGCACCAAACAGGUGGAAAGUGGCUCCUUUGCAGGCCGGGUGUGUCGUGCCAUGGUGACUCUGCAGCUUUGUGCCUUGAGUUCCCGGGCGGGACAACACGCAGAGGCGCUGGAAGAGGCCUUGAAAGCUGUUUUAGAAGCCGAGGAAGUCUGGAGUGCCAUGCAUCACGGGACGACUUCGGAGGUGUCUUCCAGCUGGUCCCCUAACUUGGUGUCGCGCGCUUUGGCUGCCCUGGUGCAAGCGAAGCACUGCGUGGCCAUUGAACUCGAGUACAACUUGGCGGAGAAGACGAAAGCCCUGGGACGAGACUUGCCCGAGGCUGACAUGAUCCGCGAGCAGAUGAUUCCGUCGCUCCACCGGGAGGCCUCCGCUCUGGCGAGACGCCUGCCCUCCUCCAGCGCCUUGCGGCGCCUGUCGGAACGGACCCAGGCCCAGGAAGCGGCACGCCGCGGCAGCGAACUGGAAGAUUCCGUGGAGGAUGUGCUACCAAUUGCAGGUGGCCCCUUGGGUGUUGCGCAAGCACCAGGCAUGGCAUGGCCCGAAGACCGCCGUGCAACGAUGCCCGCAUCGCCGGCGUUGCUUCUUUCCCCAGCACCGCCACUAGCACCGCUGGCGCCGCUGGCGCCACUGGCGCCGCUGGCGCUGGCAAGCCCCAGCCAGGGCUUACAGCGAAGACGCGCCUCGCAGCUUCCAUCCCAGGUGGCUCAAUCAAUUUCCAGAGGCAUGGAGUCACCCAAUGUGGUCCAUCGCCAGAGACCGCGAAGUGCCCCGAGCUCCUUCAGCAUGGUGCGCAUCCAGAAGCUGGAGGAACAAGCUCUCGAUCCCCCUACGUUUGAAGACUUCAGGUUACCCAACUUGGAGCUGCCACUACUCCAGGAGCCACCAGUAGUGAUACAAAGCACGGAAAAGAAAAGUGAAGGAGGGCUUGCAUUAUGUGGCGAUGAGAUUGUUGGGAGCGUCGGAGCACAGGCUAAAGGAAACCGCAAAGGGAAUACCAGCAAAGCUACUGGUGCCGAGAGGUUCAAACGUUCCGAGGAGACAGGUGACGUUUUUCAAGACUGGCUGGAGUCCAAUCGUGCUCGACUUCCCAAGGGUGACGGGAGCCGCAUGAGUGAGGACAUGUUGAAGAGUCUUAAAGAGGGCUUCAAGACGCGCUAUCGUCGAUUCCAAGAGGAGUUGCCCUUCUUUUCAGCACAGGAUCUCUACGAGAACAAGAUCAUGUUCUCCCACUACGGAAUGAAAAUCCGCAAUCAGGCCAAAAAGGACGCCAAAGGUGCGUCCGAGAAGAUGGUGAGGUCCAAGUCUGAAAAGUCUAAGGGUGCGAAAUCGCAGGCGCAGAACCAGAGCCUGCACUCGGUGAGAGCGCUCGCCACCAUGCUUCAACAAUCUCACGACAACCAUCCACAUGCGCGCGAGUUUUACAAAUAUCUUGGCAGGCCCUGGCGAGAUGAGGAAAUCUUCGAAUCGCUGCGGCAGGCGUUUCAGAACACGAAGGAGGACGGCCGUGUCGACAUCGGCGGUGUGGGUCCAAUGGGAUUUGCGCACCUGCAUUUCACCUUUCUUUGCCGGUUCAUGACUUGCUCCGCUGGCUCAACAAAGAAGUAA